AUUCAACAGAUGAUUGGUCAUUUAAUUUCAAUAUAUUUAUUGGAAUGAAGCCACACUUUCAUGUCUGACCUUGUAUCCUUCUUCAGUUUCACGUUGGUGGAUCUACCAUACUUCAGCAAUGAGUCAAACAUGUGAAUGGAAAAAUGAGGUCAUAAAGAAGCAGGCCCAAAAAGAACGAGAGAAAGACGUGGAAAAACGAUGGGCAGACGUGAUGUCUAAGAACGGUGAGGGAGCUCCUGAAUGGUUAAAAGAAGCUGCUAUGAAGAAAAAGCAGAAACAAAGUUUGAAACAGAAAGAUGAGAAUUUAGCUCCAUGGCUAAAAGAAGUUCAAAAGAAGAAUGCCGGCUUAGCAAGAAGGAUAUCCGAUGCCACAAAUUGUGAAAUUGAAAGUAAUCUGGGCUGAAAUACGGAUUUGGUGCGUUUUUUUCUUUAUUACGAUAGUUUGAUAUGUUUUUGAACGAACGGUAAAUUAAAUUGUUCAAUAUCAUGUGGAUUCCACACAAAGAUUAACUAUACUACAAACAUACAUAUACAUUUAUUAUCAUGAUUCUUUUCCUUGUAUAUUAUUAUUUGCGCUUUAUUUAAUAACCUGAUUUGUGGAAAUCCAGAAUAUUUUCCUAACAUAUGACUUUCAUUUCUUGAGUUUAUCAUACACUGAACAUGUAAGCCCAAAUCUUCAUAAAUAUCCAAUUGAAUUUUUCAGUUCUUACCAAUUUAUCUUCACAGUUAAAAUUACGAGUCAAUCUAAGCUAAAACAACAUUGGAAAUCUAGAAGCACUGGACGACCGUCUCGUCUUAUUAUGGGACUUGAAACCAGGUCAUUCGACCUAUCGUGCGGAUACUCAAAUUCUAGACAACGACUAACGUCGAACGGUGUUAGUGUCUAACUUCAGUAAAUCAUAAUCUCGCGCAACCCUUCGAUUCGCUGUGGUGGUCAUGGCUUCUCACCAGAACUCUACAGCUUACAUCUAGAAGCCGGUUACUAGUAAGGGGGAGAUUGCUUUCAGUAUAGGGCAUUUGUGGAGAUUGUAGUAUUUCCACACUUGGAUUCCACAUGUGAGAUUUUGGACACGCACUGUUCUUUACUAAGACGAGACGGCCAUCUAGUGAUUCCAGGUUUUCACUAAUGGUCUAGCUUAGAUCGACUCGUGAUUUCAACUGUUAAAUUACUAAAAUCUCCACAAACUGCUCAUACUGAUAACUUACCAAUUUAUAUCUGCACAUAAAAUAGUAUUGACUAAGGUUUUCCCUCGGUCAUUGUUUCAACCCUGUCCAUACAUUUUUUGGUGUCAAUAGCAUGUAUAUUUACCUACCUCCGAAUAUUUAAUUGAUAUCCAGACUAAUUCCUGAGCAUGAUCGUAAAAUCUUUUGAUGACUAAUGCAGGUUUUAAGUGCAGUUUAUAUAUGUCUAAAGGCACUUGAUAUAAGUUAGCGUGAUAAUUAGAUGUAUUUGAAUUAUAGUACGUACUAGGAACCCCUGAAAUAACUUAAUUUAAAUGAAGCGGAACUAGGUGAGCAUAUACGAGCGUAUUGUAUUUGAAAUUCGAAAUCAGUCAUAAAUCAAGUGUAAAGGAAUCAUUAAUUCACACAUACAUCAGUUAUUCUCUGUAGAUUAUAUCAAGAAAUAUAAUCUAGAAACAAAGUCGACGUACAAUAUUUCAGAAUAUUUCACUGAAAUGACUUUAUCGUAAUCGUGUUUCCAAUGAUAUGUGUAUAUUGGUAUACUUAAAAGGAAUAAUUUAACAAUAAAUAGUUUGUUGCACUACCUAUGGCGUGAAGUUCCCUAAAGUGUUUUAUUGCCAAGUCUUGAGCUCUACAUUACUGGCCAAUUGGUGUAAGAAGUUCAAUAAUUUCAAGCUGUUUUGCUUGUCGUUGAGACACAUCCUGUAAGGGAUGCUACUCGGCUACAUAAACAAGUAAAAAAAGUAGAGUUAUAACCAUAAACAUUAGUUGAAAGUCGUUUGGAGCGAAUGGUACUGGGUUCGAGUCCCAGAGUGAACAUUAACUCUGAGAUGCAGGUACAUCCAGCUGACGAGUUCCAAAUAGGAUUCCACUGCUAUCCACUAUAUAUAUUUGUUUAUAAAGCUUGUGACUUCAAGCAGUAUCAAGGGAGUCCGCACAGGAUGCACAUUUGCUAACAAGAGACUGAUCAAUUGCAGUCUUAAAUAACAAUAGGAAGAUGCAAGUGAAUAGCUCUAUACCCAGAUUACACAUCUUUUGCAAAUUUAGCCUUAGAAUGUUCUUUUAUCUUCGUUCUCAUGUUUUUUCAUCUUCAUUUACUUAUGUUGACUGGAUAACAAAAGAUUCAUUUCAGGUGUAUUUUCUAGCGUAAUCACAUUUUUAAAUUCAAACCAAUUACUUAUAUUUUAAAUAUAUGUGAUUUUGACUGCCCUGUAGGACCACAUGUGUUUUAUGUAACGCGGAUUUUAGGUAACAAACGUAGUAAGGUUUGUCUUACUUUAUUCAAGCUAUUCACAUAAUACUACUGAGCUGUAUUGUAUAUGACAUCAGUUAAACCAACACAAUACAGUUCUUGAGAAGAUACUUAGUUUAUGUAGAUGCUUAAUUAGCAUUACUUUCACUUAACUACAUGGUUAAAUCGAGAAACUUAAAUUAAUGUCCUGACCAAGAUCAUCAGUGUUUACUUCCUGCAUGUGAGUUUCUGGAUAUUAUUCCAUAAUUGCCUAAUUAGCUCUUUCUGACUACUUUUAUCCUGAUUGGGUGUCUUCCUGGGUUUUGUUAUAUUAAUUGACCUGACUAUUUUGUAAGUGACAAUUUUGUCCAGAAAGUUUCAUUAAAAUUCUUUUUUCUCGCUUGUACAUCUGACUAUUAAAUUGUGAAUGUAUUGUACUACAUAAAUCUAUUAACGCUACUAAACUUAACCCCUACUGUUUUGUGUACUGAGAAUAAUUGGUCCUUGUUUUGCAAUUCUAAUGCAUCUUUGGUAAGAUUUGCUCGUAUUAAAGUAAACAGGUCCGUGAUAUCGAUUAUUCACAAGUUA